AAGACAGAGCUGGCCAAACUAGUCCUCGAGAUCUACCAACAGUUCACAUUUUCCAGACCACCUAGCUGGUGCACAGGUGUAGUCAUUACUAAUUAAGAUGUGCUGAAUUCAUUCCUAACUGACAAUUCUACAGAUCUCCAGGAGGCCUGGAAAACAUGAACUGUUGGUAGAUCUCGAGGACCGGUUUGGCCAGCCCUGCUAUAAGGUGUCAGGAUGUCACUGUCUAUGUCUCCAUGCAGGAGGAGGAGUAUAUAGAGGAACACAGGGGUCUGUAUGAGGACGUGAUGAUGGAGAAUCACCGGCCCCUCACAUCACUGGAUGGGCCCAGUAACAGAGAUACCCCAGAGAGAUGUCCCCGUCCUCUGUAUUCCCAGGAUUGUACAGAGGAGAAUCACAGGAUCCCACAGGAGGAUCAGGUAGAACGUCUGUAUGAUAUUAAAACAGACGAUAUAGUGGAAGAAGAAGAGACGUAUGUGACUGAUAUAAAGGCAGAAGAUAUAGAGGGAGAAGAAGAGACGUAUGUGAGGCGUGAUCAGCAGUGUAAGGAGGAGGAGAUCCCUACAGAUAUCAGCACAGCAGAGGGACACACAAGCAGGAAUAUCUCAGAAGGACAUCUAAUGUUAUCCCUGGAUUCUGAAAUAACCGAUAAUGACAGUAGACAGGAUUAUCCAGGAGCUAACCCCAUUACCCCAAUUAUUCAUCCAGGUCUAUCAGCUGAUCCCCCUGAUCCUGGGAAAUGUUCUCCUGAUCACGCUUAUAUUGGUACAUCUGUUACAGCUCUAACAGUAGAUACAGUGUUUCCAUGUUCUAUAGAUGCCAAAUGUUUUACACAGAACACAAAGCUUCAUCAGCCAGCUAAGGCAGGUGAGAGGCCAUUUCCAUGUUCUGAGUGUGGGAAAUAUUUUACAUGCAAAUCAGCUCUUGUUACACAUCAGAGAAGACACACAGGUGAGAAGCCAUUUCCAUGUUCUGAGUGUGAGAAAUGUUUUGCAUGGAAAUCAAAUCUGGUUACACACCAGCAAAUUCACACAGGUGAGAAGCCAUUUCCAUGUUCUGAGUGUGAGAAAUGUUUUGCACGGAAAUUACAUCUUGUUAGACAUCAGCAAAGUCACACAGGUGAGAAGCCAUUUCCAUGUUCUGAGUGUGGGAAAUGUUUUGCACAGAAAUCAGAACUUGUUAUACAUCAGAAAAGUCACACAGGUGAGAAGCCAUUUCCAUGUACUGAGUGUGGGAAAUGUUUUGCACAUAAAUCAGACCUUGUUAAACAUCACAGAAGUCACACAGGUGCAAAGCCAUUUCCAUGUUUUGAGUGUGGGAAAUGUUUUGCAAUCAAAUCAGAUCUUGUUAAUCAUCAGAGAAGUCACACAGGUGAGAAGCCGUUUUCUUGCUCUGAGUGUGGGAAAUGUUUUUCCUGGAAAUCACUACUUGUUAUACAUCUGCGAAGUCACACAGGUGAGAAUCCAUUUCCAUGUUCUGAGUGUGGGAAAUGUUUUCAACACAAAUCACAUCUUGUUACACAUCAAAGAAUUCACACAGGUGAGAAGCCAUUUCAAUGUUCUGAGUGUGGGAAAUGUUUUAUCCAGAAAUCACAACUUGUUAUACAUCAGGGAAGUCACACAGGAGAAAGGCCAUUUCCAUGUUCUGAGUGUAGGAAAUGUUUUACAAACAAAUCGCAUCUUGUUAGACAUCAGAGAAGUCACACAGGUGAGAGGCCAUUUUCAUGUUCUGAGUGUGGGAAAUGUUUUGCACGGAAAUCAGUACUUGUUGAACAUCACAGAAGUCACACAGAUGAGAAGCCAUUUCCAUGUUCUGAGUGUGGGAAAUGUUUUGCACACAAAUCAGAUCUUGUUAUACAUCAGAGAAGUCACACAGGUGAGAAGCCAUAUUCCUGUUCUGAGUGUGGGAAAUAUUUUGCACAGAAAUCAUAUCUUAUUACACAUCAGAGAAGUCACACAGGUGAGAAGCCAUAUUCCUGUUCUGAGUGUGGGAAAUAUUUUGCACAGAAAUCAUAUCUUAUUACACAUCAGAGAAGUCACACAGGUGAGAAGCCAUUUUCUUGCUCUGAGUGUGGGAAAUGUUUUAUACGGAAAUCACAACUUGUUACACAUCAGCGAAAUCACACAGGUGAGAAGCCAUUUCCAUGUUCUGAGUGUGAGAAAUGUUUUACACAGAAAUCAGAUCUUGUUAAACAUCAGAGAAGUCACACCGGUGAGAGGCCAUUUUCUUGCUCUGAGUGUGGGAAAUGUUUUAUCCAGAAAUCACAUCUUGUUACACAUCAGCGAAGUCACACGGGUGAGAGGCCAUUUCCAUGUUCUGAGUGUGAGAAAUGUUUUACACAGAAAUCAGAUCUUGUUAAACAUCAGAGAAGUCACACCGGUGAGAGGCCAUUUUCUUGCUCUGAGUGUGGGAAAUGUUUUAUCCAGAAAUCACAUCUUGUUACACAUCAGCGAAGUCACACGGGUGAGAGGCCAUUUCCAUGUUCUGAGUGUGGGAAAUGUUUUGCACGGAAAUCACAUCUUGUUGCACGUCAGCAAAGUCACAAAGAUGAGAAGCCAUUUCCAUGUUCUGAGUGUGGGAAAUGUUUUGCACGCAAAGCAGAUCUUGUUAAACAUCAGAGAACUCACACAGGUGAGAAGCCAUUUUCUUGCUCCGAGUGCGGGAAAUGUUUUACACAGAAAUCACAUCUUGUUAAGCAUCAGCGAAGUCACACAGGUGAGAAUACAUUUCCAUGUUCUGAGUGUGGGAAAUGUUUUACACAUAAAUCACAUCUUGUUACACAUCAGAGAAGUCACACAGGUGAGAAACCAUUUUCUUGCUCCGAGUGCGGGAAAUGUUUUACACAGAAAUCACAUCUUGUUAAUCAUCAGCGAAGUCACACAGGUGAGAAUACAUUUCCAUGUUCUGAGUGUGGGAAAUGUUUUACACAGAAAUCAGAUCUUAUUAAACAUCAGAAAACUCACACAGGUGAGAAGCCAUUUCCAUGUUCUGAGUGUGGGAAAUGUUUUGCACGCAAAGCAGAUCUUGUUAAACAUCAGAGAACUCACACAGGUGAGAAGCCAUUUUCUUGCUCUGAAUGCGGGAAAUGUUUUACACAGAAAUCAAAUCUUGUUAAACAUCAGCGAAGUCACACAGGUGAGAAUCCAUUUCCAUGUUCUGAGUGUGGAAAAUGUUUUGCAUACAAAUCAGAUCUUGUUAAACAUCAGAGAAGUCACACAGGUGAGAAGCCAUUUUCUUGCUCUGAGUGUGGGAAAUGUUUUACCUGGAAAUCACAACUUUAUACACAUCUUCGAAGUCACACAGGUGAGAAGCCAUUUCCAUACUCUGAGAAGUAAAUCAGCUCUUGUAGACAUCAGUCAGGUGAGAAACCAUUUUAAUCUUCUGGGGUAUACUUAUUGCCAUAUGAUGUUCUUCAAGAUUCUUAUCCCAUCUCCUAUGCUUUUUGCAAUAUACAUGCUACCGCAUGGUGAAAUAAUCAGACGUCAUGUACUCAUCUACCACUGCUAUGAAGAUGAUCUGUCUUUUGCUCAGGGUACUGAGAACCCAGUACCAAUCCUAAAUGGUUGUCUAGUUGAGCUCCAGGUGUGGGUGAUGCCAGUUGGCUGUGACUCAGUCCUGGUGAAACAGGUCUAUCAUAAGAUAGAAGCUCACCAACAAAGGGCAGGGCUACAGUUCAGCUUUGCAAACCAACCAGACUUACGCUUGGAGGUUCAGAGUUACAAAAUGCGGAUCAUGUGUGGAAUCUUGGUGUCCUGGAUUGUGGAGUGAAACUUAGACAUCACGUAUCAGCCACAAUCAGAUCCUCAUCUGAGGAACAGAGCCAGACUCCAGCACUUAUUUCCCUCAGAAGAUCUACCUACAGUCAUACAUACACUUGUAUCAUCACACAUAGACUACUGCAAUGUCCUCUACCUGGAUCUCCUAGCAAUAGAAUUGCACCGCUUGUAGCUUGUACAGAUUGCAGCAGCCAGUCUGUUACCUAACCAGCCCGUUCCUGCCACAUAACACCCAUUCUCUACUCCCUUCACCGGCUGCCUGUAAGAUGGUGACUCUAUUACAUAAUCUUACUGACUCCCAAUCCUACAUGAUCAGGAUCCAUGGUAACAGAAGCAGCUUCUGCCUCAUUACUGCCCUGCUUUCUUACUUCCAUCUGCAGAUGAAGGACUCUUACCAGCAGUACCAAGAAUCUCCAAGCAGUGCUGAGAUGUCAGAGGGGGAGACAGAGUGGUGGCACUAGUGCUGUAGUGGGGCCUGCCGAAGGCACUGUCAGUGGGUAAUAUUGUCCUCAAGCAGUGCUGAGGUGUCGGGGGGA